AUGGAGCUCGAGCCAGCAGUCGCCGCGUCGGCUUUGCAAUCACAAAUCGACGGCGGCGCGCCGACACAAAUCACGGGUUUGCUGAACGAUUGUCCACAUGCUUUGUCCUUCGACGAACGAGUGAAGAUAUUUCGUGAACUCAUCAAGGCCGACAGACUCAAGGCUGGAUAUAGACCACAAGCCGGCGGUGCGGACGCGGCGCACGGCGAUACAUUUGCGCGGCCGGUGGCGCAGGUGACACUGCGACGCGAGAGCGUACUAGAGGAUACGCUCACGUCAGUUUUACCUCUCGGUGCGAAAGCUCGAGGACGCAUACUCGUGAAAUUCGUCAACGCUGCGGGUCAAGAAGAGGCUGGCAUUGACGCCGGAGGUUUAUUCAAAGAGCUCCUCAGUCAAGUCACCGAACAAGGCCUCGACCCGAACCGCGGGUUGUUUCAGUCCAACGCCACUGGACUGAUUUAUCCGAGCCCUCGCGCAGGAGACACGCACGAAGGGAUAUUGCUUCUUGAGAUGAUUGGAAUGAUGAUCGGAAAGGGAAUGUACGAAGGUAUUUUGCAGGACAUAAACAUGGCACCAUUCUUCGCGGCGCACGUUUUGGGAACAGCGCGAACGAUUGACGACAUUCCCAGCCUUGAUGAAGAUCUGGCGCGAUCGAUCGUACAAAUAUUAGAAUAUGAAGGUGAUGUCGCCGAUCUGUGUUUAGACUUCACUUGCAGCGAAGAGAUUUAUGGCGAGCUUGUGACCAGAGAACUCGUCGCCGGCGGGAGAGACGUUGAAGUGACGGCGGCGAACAAAUUAUUCUACGUCUUCUCACUAGCAGAUUACCACUUGAAUCGACGCAUUGCGACGCCAAUGCUCGCUUUCAUGCGAGGUCUAACGAAAAUCAUCAAUCAACGCUGGCUCAGGCUGUUCAAUGUGACAGAGUUGAGUCUACUUCUCAGCGGCGGUGAAUCCGCGAUAGACGUCGACGAUUGGGAGCUCCACACAAGAUACUCGGGUGGAUAUUCGUCCUCGAGCGCGACGGUGCGCAACUUUUGGCGCGUGAUGCGAAAAUUUACCCCAAAACAGCGCCAAGACGUCUUAAAAUUCGUUACGUCGUCACCAAGACCACCGCUCCAAGGAUUCAAGCACCUCAAUCCGCCCUUUGUCAUUCACAAAGUUCGCUGUGAGGCUUCGAUGUUCGCCUACUUCGGCGCUACCGACGUGCGUCGCCUUCCCAGCGCCAGCACGUGUUUCAAUAUGCUCAAGCUUCCAAAUUACCGCCGCGCGUCGACGCUGGAAAAAUCCGUGUCGUACGCCUCGCAAUCUCGAGCCGGUUUCGAGCUUAGUUAA